GCACAGUUCGCAUCGAGACUUCGAGCAGAGAGGCAGCAGUUGCAGAUAGAGAUACAAAUCCAGAUAGAGAUAGAGUGUGAGCCGCAGAUACAGAUACCAGUGACCAGAUUGAGAUACAACUUCAGCAGAUCCAGUUGCAAAAUGCCGUUCCCCAUUCAUCCGCCCAAGCAAAUGCCCUGCCCCCACUGGCAGCACUUCCCCAUCAGUCCGGUGGACACCAAGCCGAAUCCCUUCGACACCGUGGGCGGAGCAGCGGCCGCCGCCCAGGCGUCCCAGGGCAACAACAAGCCGCCGGAGCCGGUGUCCUACAGAUAUUGCUUGCAGUGCAAGACCUCCGGCAAGGAGGUGGCCAAUGGCCACUCCUCCGACCGGGAGUGAAUGCUGGGAAUCGAAGGAAAAGGUCACCCAAAAACACCCUACUUCACACUUCACAGCCACCCAUCGAAAAGGUGACAUUGCUCUGGAGUACUCCGAAAGUAAUCAGCAAAGUAAUCAAUGAAAUAAUCAGCCAUCACCUGUAAUCAAUCCACUUACCAGAGGACAAUGGAAUCACUAGCUUUCCCUGCACGAGUGCUUUUAAAAAGAUAUAAAAAAAAUUAUGAAAAAAACACACAAACCUUAAUUUAUAAAGGCUUAAAAAACUAAAUGAUAUUU